ACAGGAGAUCGAAACUUACGGUGGCUGCAGGGAGUAGAGAAGUCAGGAGAAUGCAAGAAAGACGUCCUGAUGGUGUUGAUUUGUGCUCCAGCGCAAGCCGAGAGAAGCCAUCCGGCACAUUGAGGAGAUAUUCUGCCUUCUUUUUCGGAGCUGACAAGAGCAAAGCGGGCUCCACACCGUCCGCAGCUGCGUGCAAUACUCGCAGCUCGUAGCCCGUGCUGUCCGUGACGGCCUCCAUGACCGCCAGGGAGCUCAAUUCGAAGUCCCUUGCAGCCAAGUUUCAUCUUUCAGAAUCCCACCUGCAAUCUGCUCUCUUCUCAUCUCGUCUUCACCGUUUACUCUCACGCAUCCAGUCCUUUAUUCGUCCGAAAGAAUUUCUGGAGCUUCAUCGAUGUCGAGAGGAAAUGUAUUUUCCGCCUCUGCACAAAAGGCUCUACCAUCACCACAAAGCAUCCCUCCCAAGCGUCGGCACCGCUAGGUUCUCCUGUCAUGACAUCCCAGUUCUGAAAGUGCAAUCAACAGUUUCAUGAAUCACACUCAUUACCGACCCCACAAAAAAGGUACAGAGUUAAAUCAGUCAAAGUUGGGCGAUGGUGUUGAAAUAAUCCCAUUUAUUCAGAAUAGUCGGCGAACAGAGCUCCUUCACGUUCCUGCCCUAAUGCAUCGCUUGCCAUGGGCUCUGCUCAGCUUCUCUUCUCGUGCUAUGGAAUAACUCUGAAAAUGUAGACAAUAAAUUUCAGCUGCUGCUGCUGCUGCUGCUCUGCGCGACAGAGAAGAGAAGAACCCUAGCACAGAGGUUCUUCCCUUGGCGUGGGGCUUUCAUCCAUGUUUGCGUCCUAUUUCCUAAAUUCAGCGUUUUAAGUGAAGGAACUCUUCGCUCACGUUGACAAAUUGUCGUAUCCAACCGACUGGAUGCGUAAAGUGCCUCCUCCCCCGGCAGGAAUAUGCUUCCGGGUCUGGCGGUCUUUCAUCCGUUUGCUAGUAACUUGAGCUUGACCCCUGUGGAAAUGUGAAUCCUACUGCGAGGCCCGAUCUCUCUCUGCAGCGAGGGAAGUCAGAAGCAUCUGUCAGAUCACCUCAAGAAGAAACGAGUUUCGGUGAGAGGACAGGAGAUAUGACGGACUCUGGCUAUUUGCGGCAGGGGAUCUCGACGAAGAGAGUAGCCUGCAGUAUUUUGUAGUCAGAGCAGAGCGGGGACGGUUUUAAGUACGAGGUAGUAGGGCUUCGCUGACUCCAUAUCCCGAGCAUUUUUCUUACUACUCCAAACAGACUUCACGCGAGUUCGUGCUUUGGUCACAACUUUCAUCCAUGGCAGUUUCGUGGAAUGCUGCGCUUGCCCUGAAUGUGAGUCAAUUGGGGGGUGCGCAGAGGUUGGCAAGCUCUGGCCGUGCCCAGUCGGCAUCGAGCACGAUUUUUUGCUGUGCCGGACCGACUGAGAGAAGAGCAUCAAUCGUCCGCUCUGGGGUUAGCUGCUCUCACGAGCUGGCUUCUGUUUCUGAUUCUCGUAAGAGCGUCGUUGCCGCUGCAACUCUGGCGAGGGCUGAGCCAGUGUCUACUCCUGAGGUGGAGGCCCUUCUCGAUAGCAUCAAAUGGGAUUCGAAAGGUUUGGUGGUGGCCAUAGCGCAGCACAUUGACACCGGUGCCAUUCUCAUGCAAGGCUUCUCGAACCGUGAUGCCAUCUCGGCCACGCUCGCAUCACGCCGGGCCACAUUCUUCAGCCGCAGUCGCUCUUGUCUCUGGACCAAAGGAGAGACCUCGGAGAACUUCAUAAACGUUGUCGACGUUUACCUCGACUGCGAUCGCGAUUCGAUAAUCUAUCUGGGGAAGCCUGAUGGACCCACUUGCCAUACGGGUGCAGAGACCUGCUACUUCACAUCUGCCUUCGAGAGCAGCAACCCAGAGGCUUUGACAACUUUGUAUUCCUUGGAGUCCACGAUUGCGUCGAGGAAAGUGGAAGUCACGCCUAAACCAUCUUGGACGAAGAAAUUAGUCGAAAACCCCAAACUUCUCUGCUCAAAAAUAAGAGAAGAAGCAGAUGAACUGUGCAGAUCGCUGGAGGACAAUGAAGGAAGAGAGAGGACAAUAUCUGAAAUGGCAGACGUGUUAUACCACAGCAUGGUUUUAUGUUCCGUGCAAGAUGUGAAAAUGGAAGAGGUUCUAGCCGUAUUAAGAGGACGGUUUUCAAAGUCUGGGGUUGAGGAGAAGGCAAGCCGAAACGUCAAGGCUCAGACUUAGUCAUGCCCUCUUGUCAGACCACCUGUUUCAUUCCUUCAUCUUUUCCCAUUCGACAGAAUCUUGUUAGUUUGAAAAAUUCGGACACUAUUUGCAGCGAUUUCAGUUGAGAGCUACCAUUUUUGUGUUACAGUGCCGGCCUCGAGUAUCACAUUUAGUGAAAAUCUUGUUAAUACAAAAGUGCAAUUUUGUUUUGGUUUUUCUAUACCUGCA